AUGGACGAGACUAUCUUUAUAUCGCAAGACCAAUACACAGGCGCUCGUAAUCAGGGCUUCCAUUACAGCACUGAAAUCCCAAGUGCGACUCCGGCAGCCAACAAGCAACGACAACAGAGUCGAAGCCCCGAACAUAGGGAGCUGGAUAUGCAGCGGACAGGUGGUCACAGCGAACAGCAGCAGGCAGUGCUUAAGCAGCGGUGA